UUCAACAUCAGGAUUCCUGAAACAGAUGUACAGAAAAAGGAUGAUAACUUCAAAAAAUAUUCAAACACCUGAAGUUAAUGGUGACGAAAGCGCGCAUUAUGCAGAAAUAAUUCAAACUGAUGACAUACUUGACACAGGACAAGGAAAUAAUGACCAGAGUAUUGCAUUGGCUGAUAGAAUACGUGUAGUGGUGAAAAAUAGAGAUAUAACCAAUGUGCCUGAAGAUCAUUUUUCAACAAUAUCGGAUAAUGAUGCCAAUGGUUCAGAUAUUUUGGACGAUGGUUAUGAAAAGCCAUACUCCACACUGAUGGAAAUUGAUAGAGAUGACUACGAACAUGUUUAUCUCUCUGUAAGAAACAACUUAACCAAUGAAAAUUCAACCUUUUUAGAGAAUACUGCUUCUGGAAAUUCUUCUGGAUUCACAGAAGUGCAUUAUAUACCCGAUAAAACAAAAUCGUUUAGUUAUCGAAUGACUUUCUGAAAAAUGUGAAUUUGAGUUAUGCUGAAAAUAAUUCUAACGGAAGAGACAAUGAUUUUCAGCGGCCAUACUUUUAUAAACAAAAUGAUACAGUAGAAUACAUUAACUUGUCACUUAAACAAUAAAGUAAUAAUUUGAAUGCCUGAAUUUCAAUAUGAAAUAUGAUAGCAUUUCCUAAAUUUGGACAUUGUUCUCAUGUUUUAUUUCGGCUAUAAGUCUUGGGUCAGUAGAUAUAAGUAAAAGCCUGAUUUCAUCAAGGAGAAAACUCCAUCUGUCAUUUGUUAUAACCACACUAAAUACGUAUUGCAACCAAAUCACGAGAGGGUAUUAAAGACCUUCACCCUCAAGGGCGUAAAUUUCUCUAUUGCUUUAAUUCACGUCUAUAUAAAAGUACAAUACUACAAUUAUAACUACCGAAAAUCUUGGCAACGUAAACAACGAGCAACGUGUUGGAGAUGUAGCUAAAGACCCGAAAUAUCAAGUUCUGCAACCCAUCAAUUAGAAACCAAUAUAAACAGUUAAGGACUUUGCCAGAAAAUAGCUUUAGUGGAUGCAUAAUGAAUCAUAACUUUACACUUUUUUUUCAAUGGACCAAAUUUCUUUGGUCUUGAUGUGAGAAGUCCAUAAGAAAAGCGUAAUAUUCAAUUAUUACGCGGGUUUCUCUCCUUUUUAAACCAACAGCAAAUUUAUGAAUUCCACUCAUACACCACAUGAUUCAAAUGAAGCGAUAUAUUUCAGAAAUAUUAAUCCUUAAUCCGUCAUUCUCUCUUCUGGUAUUAACAUAUAAAAGGACAAUGGAAGAUUUGUUUUUUUUUUAAACUACAAGAAAAUGCCUUAUCUGAGAAACUAUGUAUAUAUUGUGGAUUUGAUUUCGUUGUUUAGCUGAAGUUAGCAUAGAAGCCAAUAUAAAAUUAAUAACAAUUCAAUUCGUGGUUCAACUGUACUCCCGAAUGCACGAAUAGUAUUAACCAAAGAGUACUAAUGAAGCCACAUUAAUGUCAUCAAUAUUCAAGAGUGUUUUCAUUUUAACACGAAGAAACAAAAAAGUAUUAACAAAAAUACCGAAAUCCAAUGUAAAUUCAAUAAUGGUGAAGUCCAUAAAACACAACAAAUUUUAAUCUGUUUCGAUUGAAAUCCAGACAGGCACAGCACAAUAGUGUUGUCAACUGGUAGACCAUUGUAUUGUUUCAUCCUGAAACGAAAGUUGUUUCCCGACACAGGACAUUUAGCAAAAAAGUUUUGAAUUGUCUUAUAAUAAGUGUAUAUAUAUACAUGUGAAAUAUAAUAAUAUUUUGUAUACUAUUAACAAUAAAGAUGAUAGUUUCAA